AUGAAAUUCAUGAGACCUGAAAGUUUGAGUCCUAAGGCAGAAAUUCCAGCAAUUUCUGCACCUCCAUUUCAACUCCACUGUCCUUCAAUGACAAGGUCACCAUUGCUAGAUCACAUAGCUCCCAAAACUCCCAAAACACCCAAAAGUCCUUUAGCUUCGCGUCUAAUGAGUACUCCUAUAGCCAGUCCCAUGAAGAAGGCAAUUACAAGCAUGCAAUGUUACUUGAAAGAGGUUGGCCACUUCACCAAGCUUGAUCCCCAGGAGGCAUGGCUUCCAAUAACCGAGUCUAGAAACGGUGACGCAUACUACUCGGCAUUUCACACUUUGGGCUCAGGAACUGGAGUUCAAGCCCUUGUUCUCCCGUUUGCUUUCACCACUCUUAGCUGCACCACAGGGCAACAUGCUGCUGAUGAUAUUCCAACACCUUUUGAGGUUGUUGGCUUUGUUAAUCAAUCAAACACAUCGAAAGCUAUUCAUCCAUCCAACGAUAUGCUCGUCGAUUUCGUUAGUUGA